UCCUGCGCAGUGCGUGUACUGCGCAGGCAAGUGCUUGUGAAGCUAACAGCGUCCUUCCUGCUCAUCCCGGCUAGCCGUGCGAGUGCAGCCUUCCAAGUGUUGGAACUAUGACAAACAUUACGCAUUAACAGGAUAACACAAACGUCGACAUCCUAUUAACACAAACAGCUGUCACCAUGGUGAUCAUGUCAGGCACAGCCACAGUGUUGCAGCAGUUUAUCAGCGGUCUGAAGAGUCGAAAUGAAGACACCCGAGCAAAGUCUGCCAAAGAUCUGCAGCAUUACGUGACCACGGAGCUCAGAGAGCUCAGCCAAGAUGAAGCCACGACCUUCUACGACGAGUUAAACCACCACAUAUUUGAGCUGGUGUCCAGCUCUGAUGUCAAUGAAAAGAAAGGAGGGAUACUUGCUAUUGUGAGUCUCAUUGGCGUUGAGGGAGGAAAUGCCACCCGGAUCAGUCGCUUUGCCAACUACCUCCGCAACCUUCUGCCUUCCAGCGAUCCUGUGGUGAUGGAGAUGGCUUCCAAAGCGAUGGGGCACCUAUCCAUGGCUGGAGACACCUUCACCGCUGAAUAUGUGGAGUUUGAAGUGAAGAGAGCUCUAGAGUGGCUGGGGGCCGACAGGAACGAAGGCAGACGCCAUGCGGCUGUGUUGGUGUUGAGGGAGCUGGCCGUCAGUGCACCCACCUUUUUCUUUCAGCAAGUCCAGCCCUUCUUCGACAACAUCUUUUAUGCAGUUUGGGACCAGAAGCAGGCCAUCCGAGAGGGCGCCGUGUCGGCUCUGCGAGCCUGCCUCAUCCUCACCACCCAGAGGGAGACCAAAGAAAUGCAGAAGCCACAGUGGUACAAACAAACAUUUGAGGAGGCAGAGAAAGGCUUCGAUGAGACUUUGGCUAAAGAGAAGGGGAUGAAUCGUGACGACAGGGUUCAUGGGGCUCUCCUGAUUCUGAACGAGCUGGUUCGCAUCAGCAGCAUGGAGGGAGAGCGAAUGCGUGAGGAGAUGGAGGAGAUUACCCAGCAGCAGCUGGUCCAUGACAAGUACUGCAAGGAGCUGAUGGGAUUUGGAACCAAGCCCCGCCAUAUCACUCCCUUCACCAGUUUCCAGUCGGUGCAGCCGCAGCAGUCAAACGCUCUCCUGGGGCUGCUGGGCUACAGCACGCCUCAGGGCUUCCUCAGCUUUGGAGCCGCUCCGGUACCGGCCAAGAGCUCCCUGGUGGAGAGCCGGUACUGCCGUGAGCUGAUGGAGGAGAGAUUCGAUCAGGUGUGUCGUUGGGUCCUGAAGUACAAAACCAGUAAAAACCCGCUGAUACAGAUGACCAUCCUCAACCUGCUGCCACGCUUAGCUGCCUUCCAGCCACACAACUUUACAGACCAGUAUUUGUCGGACACCAUGGGACACCUGCUGGGCUGUCUGAAGAAGGAGAAGGAGAGGACGGCCGCCUUCCAGGCUCUGGGGCUGCUGGUCGUUGCCGUCAGGACGGAAAUCCAACCGUACCUGUCGAAGAUCCUGGAGAUCAUCAAGGCGGCGCUGCCACCCAAAGACUUUGCACACAAGAGACAGAAGACCAUCCAGGUGGACGCCACGGUCUUCACGUGCAUCAGCAUGCUUUCAAGAGCCAUGGGUCCCAGCAUCCAGCCAGACAUCAAGGAGCUGCUGGAGCCCAUGCUGGCGGUGGGGCUGAGUCCUGCUCUCACGGCGGUGCUGUACGACCUGAGCCGCCAAAUACCUCAGCUCAAAAAGGACAUCCAGGACGGUUUGCUGAAGAUGCUGUCGCUGGUGCUGAUGCACAAGCCGCUCCGGCACCCCGGCAUGCCCAAAGGCCUGGCUCACCAGAUGGCCUCGCCGAGUCUCACCAACAUCCCUGAGGCGGGCGAUGUGGGCGGGAUCACCCUGGCCCUGCGCACGCUGGGGAGCUUUGAGUUUGAAGGACACUCCCUGACCCAGUUCGUUCGCCACUGCGCCGAUCACUUUCUGAACAGUGAGCACAAGGAGAUCCGGAUGGAAGCGGCCCGCACCUGCUCCCGCCUCCUCACGCCCUCCAUCAACCUGAUCAACGGCCAUGUCGUCAGUCAGACCGCUGUGCAGGUGGUUGCAGAUGUGCUCAGCAAGCUGCUGGUUGUUGGCAUCACCGAUCCAGAUCCAGAUAUUCGAUACUGUGUCCUCGCCUCGCUGGAUGAGCGUUUUGAUGCUCACCUGGCCCAGGCAGAGAACCUGCAGGCGCUGUUUGUUGCCCUGAACGACGAGGUGUUCGAGAUCAGAGAGCUGGCCAUCUGCACCAUCGGCCGCCUGAGCAGCAUGAAUCCUGCCUUCGUCAUGCCUUUCCUCCGCAAGAUGCUAAUCCAGAUCCUGACCGAGUUGGAGCACAGUGGAGUCGGCAGGAACAAAGAGCAGAGCGCUCGCAUGCUGGGUCACCUGGUCUCCAACGCCCCCCGCCUCAUUCGCCCAUAUAUGGAGCCCAUCCUUAAGGCUCUAAUCCUCAAACUUAAAGAUCCAGACCCAAACCCAGCCGUGGUGAUUAGUGUCCUCGCAACUAUUGGAGAGCUGGCUCAAGUGUUAGAUGAUGCAGUUGGAGGCAGGAAGAGGCUGCGUAGCAUUCAGAGCUCAGGGAAGUCUCAGGUGAGCGGCCUGGAGAUGAGGAAGUGGAUGGACGAGCUUUUUCCCAUCAUCAUGGACAUGCUGCAGGACUCCUCCUCGCUGGCUAAGCGGCAGGUGGCGCUGUGGACAUUAGGCCAGCAGGUUGCUAGCACGGGCUACGUGGUGGAGCCAUACCGUAAAUAUCCCUCUCUGCUGGAGGUGCUCCUAAAUUUCCUCAAGACUGAACAAAACCAGGGGAUCAGAAGAGAGGCUAUCCGGGUCCUGGGUCUCCUCGGAGCUCUGGACCCUUACAAGCACAAGGUGAACAUCGGCAUGAUCGACCAAUCCCGAGACGCUUCGGCCGUCAGCCUGUCAGAGUCCAAGUCCAGCCAGGACUCAGCGGACUACAGCACCAGUGAGAUGUUGGUGAACAUGGGCAACCUGCCCCUCGAUGAGUUCUACCCCGCGGUGGCAAUCGUGACGUUGAUGCGCAUCCUGAGAGACCCCUCCCUCUCCAACCAUCACACCAUGGUGGUCCAGGCGGUCACCUUUAUUUUCAAGUCUCUGGGCCUGAAGUGCGUUCAGUUCCUGCCGCAGGUCAUGCCCACGUUCCUCAAUGUCAUCCGCGUCUGCGAUGCCAGCAUUCGUGAGUUCCUCUUCCAGCAGAUGGGGAUGGUCGUGUGCUUUGUGAAGAUUCACAUCCGCCCGUACAUGGAUGACAUCUUCACCCUUAUCAGAGAGUACUGGACUCCAAACAACCCCAUGCAGAACACCAUCAUCCUCCUGAUCGAGCAGAUCGUGGUGGCGCUUGGCGGAGAGUUCAAGCUCUACCUGCCUCAGCUCAUCCCACACAUGCUGCGUGUUUUCAUGCACGAUAACAGCACCGGCCGCAGCGUAACCAUAAAGCUGCUAAAUGCCAUCCAACUGUUUGGUGCUAAUCUGGAUGACUACCUGCACUUGUUGCUGCCCCCCAUUGUCAAGCUCUUUGAUGCCCCCGACGUUCCCCUGCAGGCCCGCAAGGUUGCCCUGGAGACCCUCGACAGGCUGACGGAGUCGUUGGACUUCACAGACUACGCUUCCCGCAUCAUUCACCCCAUCGUCAGGACGCUUGACAGCACUCCUGAGUUACGGUCCACCUCCAUGGACACCCUGUCCUCGCUGGUUUUCCAGUUGGGAAAGAAGUACCAGAUAUUUAUCCCCAUGGUGAACAAAGUGAUGCUGAAGCACAGGAUCAAUCACCAGCGCUACGACAUUCUCAUAUGCCGCAUUGUGAAAGGCUACACGCUGGCAGAGGAGGAGGAGGACCCUUUAAUCUUCUCCCAUCGCCAGCUCCGUGGUAACAAAGGUGACGCUCUGGUCAGCGGGCCGGUGGAGCCGGGCCCCAUGAAGAAGCUGCACGUCAGCACCACAGCACUCCAGAAGGCCUGGGGAGCAGCGAGGAAGGUGUCCAAAGACGACUGGCUGGAGUGGCUGAGACGAUUGAGCGUGGUUCUGCUCAAAGAGUCGUCUUCUCCAGCCCUGCGGUCGUGCUGGUCCCUGGCACAGACCUACAUCCCUCUUGCCAGAGACCUGUUCAACGCAGCGUUUCUGUCGUGUUGGUCUGAGUUGAGCGAGGACCAGCAGGACGAGCUCAUUCGCAGCAUUGAGCUGGCUCUCACCUCGCAGGACAUCGCUGAAGUCACACAGACGCUGCUGAACCUGGCAGAGUUCAUGGAGCACAGUGACAAGGGCCCUCUGCCUCUGAGAGACGAUAACGGCAUCGUCCUGCUCGGGGAGAGAGCUGCCAAAUGUCGCGCCUAUGCCAAGGCCCUGCAUUACAAAGAGCUGGAGUUCCAGAAAGGUCCUUCACCUCUCAUCCUGGAGUCCCUAAUCAGCAUCAACAAUAAGCUGCAGCAGCCAGAGGCGGCGUCCGGAGUGCUGGACUACGCCAUGAAGCAUUUUGGGGAGCUGGAAAUCCAAGCCACCUGGUAUGAGAAGCUUCACGAGUGGGAAGACGCUCUUUCAGCUUACGACAAGAAGAUCGACAUGAACAAAGAGGAUCCGGAGCUCAUUCUGGGCCGAAUGCGCUGCUUGGAGGCCCUGGGAGAAUGGGGUCAACUGCACCAGCAGUGCUGUGAAGAGUGGACACUGGUCAGCGAGGAAACCCAGGCCAAGAUGGCGCGUAUGGCUGCUGCUGCUGCCUGGGGACUAGGACAAUGGGACAGCAUGGAGGAGUACACGUGUAUGAUUCCAAGAGACACGCAUGAUGGCGCCUUCUACAGAGCCGUGCUCGCCUUACAUCAGGACCUUUACUCGCUGGCUCAGCAGUGCAUCGAUAAAGCCAGAGACCUCCUGGAUGCAGAGCUGACGGCCAUGGCAGGAGAGAGCUACAGCCGGGCCUACGGGGCCAUGGUAUCGUGUCAGAUGCUGUCAGAGCUGGAGGAGGUCAUCCAGUACAAACUGGUUCCGGAGAGGAGGGACAUCAUCAGGGAGACGUGGUGGGAGAGGCUUCAGGGCUGUCAGCGCAUCGUCGAGGACUGGCAGAGAAUCCUGAUGGUUCGAUCAUUGGUCAUCAACCCUCAUGAAGACAUGAGGACCUGGCUUAAAUAUGCCAGCCUGUGUGGCAAGAGUGGGCGGCUGGCUCUGGCCCAUAAGACACUGGUGCUUCUUCUGGGGGUUGACCCCUCCAAGCAGCUGGACCACCCUCUACCAACAACUCACCCACACGUUACCUACGCAUACAUGAAGUAUAUGUGGAAAAGCACACGCAAGAUCGACGCCUUCCAGCACAUGCAGCAUUUUGUUCAGGGGGUGCAGCAGCAAGCCCAGCACGCCAUUGCAGCGGAGGACCACCAGCGUAAACAGGAACUCCACAAACUCAUGGCCAGAUGUUUCCUGAAACUCGGAGAGUGGCAGCUCAGCCUGCAGGGCAUCAAUGAGAGCACCAUCCCCAAAGUCCUGCAGUACUACAGCAACUCCACUGAGCACGACCGCAACUGGUACAAGGCUUGGCACGCCUGGGCUGUGAUGAACUUUGAGGCGGUGCUGCACUACAAACACCAGAACCAGACUCGGGACGAGAAGAAGAAACUGCGACACGCCAGCGGCGCCAGUGGCAACAGUGAAGCCAGCAACAGUGACAGCGAGGUGGACAGCACCGACCAGAGUCCGGUUCCGUCGCCGGGUCAGAAGAAGGUCAAUGAGGACCUCUCCAAGACUCUGCUGCUGUACACCGUCCCUGCAGUCCAGGGCUUCUUCCGCUCCAUCUCCCUGUCCAGAGGAAACAACCUGCAGGACACGCUCAGGGUUUUGACUCUGUGGUUUGACUACGGUCACUGGCCUGAGGUGAAUGAAGCUCUGGUAGAAGGCAUCAAGACCAUUCAGAUAGACACCUGGCUGCAGGUGAUCCCGCAGCUCAUCGCUCGGAUCGACACCCCCCGAGCUCUGGUUGGUCGGCUCAUUCACCAGCUCCUGACAGAUAUCGGCCGGUAUCAUCCACAGGCUUUGAUCUACCCGCUGACCGUGGCCUCCAAGUCCACCACCACCGCCCGCCAUAACGCUGCCAACAAGAUCCUGAAGAACAUGUGUGAACACUGCAACACCCUGGUUCAGCAGGCCAUGAUGGUCAGUGAGGAACUCAUCCGGGUGGCUAUCUUGUGGCAUGAAAUGUGGCACGAGGGCCUGGAGGAAGCUUCCCGCCUUUACUUUGGAGAGCGCAACGUGAAGGGCAUGUUUGCUGUGCUGGAGCCGCUCCACGCCAUGAUGGAGAGAGGCCCCCAGACCCUCAAAGAGACCUCCUUCAACCAGGCGUACGGCAGGGACCUGAUGGAGGCUCAGGACUGGUGCAGGAAGUACAUGCGCUCCGGUAACGUCAAGGAUCUGACCCAGGCCUGGGACCUCUACUACCACGUGUUCAGACGCAUCUCCAAACAGCUCCCACAGCUCACCUCCUUGGAGCUGCAGUAUGUGUCUCCAAAGCUGCUGAUGUGUCGCGACCUGGAGCUCGCCGUUCCUGGAACCUAUGACCCCAACCAGCCCAUCAUUCGCAUCCAGUCCAUCGCGCCGUCCUUGCAGGUUAUCACCUCCAAGCAGCGGCCGCGCAAACUCACCAUCAUGGGUAGCAACGGCCACGAGUUCAUGUUCCUGCUGAAGGGCCACGAGGACCUGAGGCAGGAUGAGAGAGUCAUGCAGCUCUUUGGUUUGGUCAACACGCUGCUGGCCAACGACCCCGCGUCCCUGCGCAAGAACCUCAGCAUCCAGCGCUACGCCGUCAUCCCUCUGUCCACCAACUCGGGGCUGAUCGGCUGGGUUCCCCACUGCGACACCCUCCACGCCCUCAUCCGAGACUACCGGGAGAAGAAGAAGAUCCUGCUCAACAUCGAGCACCGCAUCAUGCUGAGGAUGGCUCCAGACUACGAUCACCUGACGCUGAUGGAGAAGGUGGAGGUGUUUGAGCACGCAGUGAACAACACGGCCGGAGACGACCUGGCCAAGCUCCUGUGGCUGAAGAGCCCCAGCUCCGAGGUGUGGUUCGACAGGAGGACCAACUACACCCGCUCCCUGGCUGUGAUGUCCAUGGUGGGCUACAUCCUCGGCCUGGGCGACAGACAUCCGUCUAACCUGAUGUUGGACCGGCUGAGUGGGAAAAUCCUUCACAUCGACUUUGGAGACUGCUUUGAGGUGGCCAUGACAAGAGAGAAGUUUCCAGAAAAGAUCCCGUUCCGUCUGACCAGGAUGUUGACCAACGCCAUGGAGGUGACGGGUUUGGAUGGUAACUACCGGAUCACCUGUCACACGGUGAUGGAGGUGCUGCGGGAACACCGCGACAGCGUCAUGGCUGUGCUGGAGGCCUUCGUCUACGACCCCCUGCUCAACUGGAGGCUCAUGGACACAAACACCAAAGGCACCAAGCGCUCCCGCACCAGGACGGACUCGUACACGGCCGGACAGUCAGUGGAAGCUCUGGAGGGAAUUGACCUUGGAGAGACGACGCACAAGAAAGCGGGAACCACCGUUCCUGAGUCCAUCCACUCCUUCAUUGGAGACGGUUUGGUGCAGCCUGAAGCUCUGAACAAGAAAGCUAUUCAGAUCAUCAACAGAGUCCGGGACAAACUCACGGGUCAGGACUUUCCUCACGAUGAAAAGCUGGAUGUGCCGACACAGGUGGAGCUCCUCAUCAAACAAGCCACGUCCCACGAGAACCUGUGCCAGUGCUACAUCGGCUGGUGCCCGUUCUGGUGAAGAGCCCUCUCCUCUACGAAAAGCCACUUUUUCUUUUUUUUAUUUGAAAAGAAUUUGAUGUACAACAGCUUUACAGUGUUCAUUAUACAAGUUCUGCAGAAAA